GGGGGUCUCGUGGUGCGCAUGCGCGGCUUGCGAUGGCACAGAGGGGACGCCCGCUCCCCCACUAGGCAGCAGCAUGGCAGAGGUGCACAUCAUCGGGCAGAUCGUGGGGGGCAGCGGCUUCCCCCAGCGCCGCCUCUUCUGCAAGUGGGGGCUGCACGCCGGCGGUGCCUGGAAGCUGCUCUCGGGUCUGGGGUCUGGCCAGACACAGGUUGACGACCCCCAGGUUGACGACGUGGCCUAUUGGUGUCACCCCCUCGAUGUCCAUUUUGCCACCAAGGGGCUACAAGGUUGGCCCAAGCUGCACCUGCAGGUCUGGCACCAGGACGGGCUGGGGCGCAGCGAGGUGCUGGGCUACGGCUUCUGCCACAUCCCGGCCACCCCCGGGUGCCACUCGCUGGCCUGCGUCACCUGGCGCCCACGAGGAACCCUGUGGGAACGGCUGAGCCAGAGCCUGGUCGGGGGGGGACCCCAGCUCCGAGCCCCCGAGACCAGCACCACCGGCGCUGCCGAUCGGUUCCGGCUCCGCACCGAGGCCGCCGGCACCGUCCACCUGCAGCUCGGGGUCCUGCUGCGGCACUUCGGCCGCUACGGCAUCGAGUGCUAGUGGGGGGGGAACAGGGACCCCCGGGACAGGGGGGGAGCCCCUGGGGAUGGGGAGACAGGGACUGUUGGGACAUGACACCAGAGUCCCCCUGGGAUGAGGGGACAGGGACCCCCCAGGGAUGAGGGGGUGGGGACCCCUUGGGGACAGGACAUAAGGGUUCCCUGGGAAUGGGACACUUGAGGCCCCUCGGGGUAGGACAUCAGGGAUCCCUGGGGACAGGGGCAGUGGGGUCCUUCCCUUGGGGGGUAGGACACUUGUUCCCUGCUCAGACAGGAUCCUGGGGGUCCCUCUGAAAAUGUCCUGGACCUCUGGGACCGUCCCCAGCCCUGUCACCGCAUCUGGGUCAGUGUUGGGGGACGGGCGGGGGGUUGGGGUUUGAUGUGGGGUCCCCUUUGUGCCCCCCGUGCACCCGCUCCCUGCUCCUCUGUGAAGUUAUUUUUUCUACAA